GACAUUCUAAUAAGUUUAUUUAGAAAAAAGAGAUUAAAAACCAGUUGCUAACUAAAAAAAAGCAAAAUGAUAUUCAAGCUAAUAUUACUUAUAAGCUUAAUAGAUAUAUUAAUAGCAGAUUGUUCAAGUGAUGCAAACUGCUUAUUUUGUUCUAAAACAUCUGUAAGCUGUCUAAUGUGUUAAUAAGGCUUCACAAUUAAUAGCUCAAAUAUAUGCGCUCCAAGCAGUACUUGCUAAUAUUAUUAAUUUAGUAGCUCUGAUUAGACGCAGUGUUUAAAUUAGUGCCCUUCUACAUAAAUUGACUUCCUUAAUUCAUCAUUGCAGUCUAAUUAAUGCUAAAUAAAAAAUUUAUGCCCAUAAUAGUACAGCAUUUCUUCAACUGAUAAUAUUAUUAGUAUAACUCCUGGUGUCAUUUAUAUGUAAGGUCAAGCGAUUCCCGUAAACUAAAUCUAAACGCAAUACUUUUUAGAUAUUGUUUCUAUAGAUACAAAUAUGUCAAUAGUAAAGCUAACUUCGAACAUAUCUAACGAUUUAAUAACAGGAUUUAAAGUUAAUGGCAACUAAUCUUUAGGUUCAUGCAUAGUUGUGUGGUUUCAAUCUUCCUAAUUAAUAGCUUAUAGUCUUUAAAAUAGCAAUUAAUAAACUAUUGUACUUCAAAAUAUAGUUGCAGAAAAUAAUUAAAUAUUAGAUGCUAUUGUUGAUAUAAGUAGUACUAAUGGAUUUAAUAUUAAUUUGAUUGCAAAGCAAACUCCAUUAAAACAAUUAAGUUAUAUAAAUAUUUUAGUUAAUGGAUUAGUAUAAAAUAUUAUCAGUACUUGGAGCUAUACUGGAAAAUUUGGAAAUGUUAUCAAAUUGUUUUACAUAAACAGCUCGCUAAUUAUUUCUCUAGGUGUUAACUCCUCUCAGAAAUUCUAAUCUUUUAGCCUUCAACUUACAAAUGGCUAAUUAGUAGAGCAAGAUCUCUGCACUUUAAAUUCAGUAGCAACCCCUGCACCAAAAAUUUUGCUUUUAAAGUAAAAUAGCGAAAUACUUUAUUUCGCUUCUGGAAAUAUAUAUUCUUCUAGCUUUGUUACUUGUUACAGUUAGCAAAUAUCGGAUUAGAGUAAUGUUUUAUCAUUAGUUUUAGAUGAAAGCGCUUAAAAGUGUUUUUCAAUUUCAGCAAAUGCCAUCAACUCAUAUCAAUAUACUCAAGCAUUAGGUGCUUAGAGUCUAUCUUAAAUCCCAUAGGUAACAAUUAAUAAUUUAAAUUAAAAUAUUGUGGCUUGCUCAUCGGUUGGUUUAAUUUAAUCUUAAAGUUAGUAACAAAAUUUUAUGUUAAUAUGCAAUAAUUCUUAAAAUAACAUAUUGUCACUAUUAACUUACAAUUUCCAGAGCAAUGUAGUAAAUAUUUCUAAUCUGUUUAAUAACAACUUUCCUGUAGUAAAUCUGAUAUACGCGCAGCCAUUAGCUACUUUGGUAUUGUAAGGAGCCUAGCAAAUAAGAUCAUUUGUAGGAUUAUAGCCAGUAGCAAUAGCUUUAUAAACAUCACCUAAUUAAGGCUGUAUUUUUUUGCUUUAGAGUUAAUUUGAGUAAUCAUCUAAUCUUCAAAAAUUAAGGAUAAAUACGAUAUAGAGCUCUUUGAGCAACUAAAUAUCUAGUGAUUAAAAGUUAAUCUAUUAAGUUAUUAAUAAUAUUAAUUACAAUUCUUAGCUUGAUUAAAUUACAAAUAUCAGGUAAUUAUAAAUUGUGGGUACAUAAUAAUCAAAUCCUAUUAUUAUUAAUGCUCUUAGCCUAAUUGGAUUCAAAUUCAAAUCAUUAAAACUGAUGGGAAUUAAUUUACAGCUCUAAGCUAACUCUGAGCCAGUUACCAUAAAUUAGUCUCAAGUUAAUGAAUUUAUUUUAGAUACAAUAAUUUUCAAUAGUAUAGCUUAAAACUCAACUCUAAUAAUUCAAAAUAAGAAUUCAGUUAUUAUCAGACAAGCUUAUUUUCAUAAUUUUACACUAAUUAACAGUACUUUGAUAACAUUUAUUAACUGUAAUCAAAUUUUUUUUGGCAGCAUAAGCAUAUAUAAUGUAACAUUAUCUGAUUAAUAUAGCUCUUUAUUUAAAAUAAUCUAAUCGACCUAGGUUACAUUUAAUAACACGAAUAUCACACUGUCUAAUUUAAAUAUUUAGCCUAUGAUUAUAAUUUCUGGAUGUUAGUAAGUCAAUAUCCAAAACGUUAUCACAGCUGGAAAUUACUUUAUGAAUAAGUUAAUAUUUGGCAAACUAUUUUUAAUUUAAGGACCUAAUUCUAUUUACAUUAGUAAUUUAAUUAUCAAAAGUAAUAUGAAUGUCCAGACAUUGUAGAUUGUUCCUUAUUUUAAUAAUUCACAAAAUCAAUUCAUUACUAAUUAACAAGUAUAAGUUGUAGCAGCUAAUGUAAUAAUAAGAGAUAAUCUUGGAAUUUUCGGUUAAUAAAUCUAUGUCAGCUCAAAUUCUGCAUUCUUCUCUAAAGUUUCUGCAUUCAACAAUUCUUAACAAGCGGCUAAUGGGACAAUCUAUUUUACUUAAAAUUUUGUAUAAAUAUAAGAUUCUAAUUUCACAAACAAUACUGCGUAUGGGGGCGGAGGCAUAUAUUUCAAUUAAACCCAGUUUGCAUAGCUAAUAAAUUGCUAAUUAAUUAAUAAUUCCGCUAAUGCUGCUGGAGGAGCAAUUCUAAUUUCUAAAGGACCAAUACUUUUAAAUAAAACAAUAAUUUAAUCUAAUAAAGCGUAUAUUGGGGGAGGAGUAAGAAUAGAAAGCGGUUUUUUGUCAUAUCUUUAAUAUGAUUAAUAAACAAUCAUGUCAAAUAACAUAGCUCUUUUAUUUGGUGAUGACGUUGCUUCUAGAUUACAAACAUUUAAAAUAUUUAUAAAUGGGAACUAAGUUAAUGAAAUUAACUAAAGCGAAUUCUUGAAGCUUCAAAGUUAUUUCUUCUAGUAGGCUUAAGUUAACAUUUAAAAUGCAUACUAUGCUAGCAACAUAAGAAGUGGGUAAAAACUAGAUAUUUUAGUACAAGUUUUUGAUUAAUCAGGAAAAAUUUUGAUAAUAGACCCAAAAAUAAGUUAUCCCCCAACUAUAGCUCUUGAAAUAAAUUAACUAGGAGGAGUUUUAAAAUCUUAUAUAAUAACUUUCAUAGGUGAAAACUUCAUUACAGAUUAUUGCCAAGAUAGAUAAGGUUUUUGCUUAACUAGCGAUCUGACAGUAUAAGGUAUCCCAGGUAAAGUUUUACCUUUAGUUUUGCUAGAGAAUUUUAUAGAAAAACCAUUAAGGCAGUCUUCUAGAAUCCUGGAGUAUUUUGAAGGAUUAUAAGAAUAAAUCAAAAUAAUUUAAUCACCACAAAAAAUCUUAAAAAAACGAAAUUUAAUUAAUUUUACAUCCCUACUCGGAUUACUAACCUCAAGUUAUACAAGUAUAAUAGCAAUAUAAUUAUAAUUUAGAGACUGCAUUAAAGGUGAAAUAUUAAAAGAAAUCAAUUCAUAAAACAAUAUAACUGAAUGCCUUCCUUGCCCUCUAAAUUCAUACACAUUAACAAAUAAUGAUACACAAUGCUUAAAAUGCCCAGAUUCUGCAUAUCUUUGCUAAAAUUACACAAUACUUUUGAAAGAUGGAUACUGGAGAUAAAAAAAUGAUACCGACGAAAUUUAUUAAUGCAGAGAAGAUUUAGGAAGCUGCUUAUUUGAGAGCACCUAAUAAACUUGCAAGAAAGGAUAUGUUGGACCACUUUGCUAAGGAUGUGACCUCUGGGGAGAAUAAUGGGGAUUUUCAUUUACUUAAAAAGGUAUAAAUGGUGCUUGCUAUUAAUGUGACAACUAGUAAAAAUAAGUGCUUUAUAACUGCCUAAUCUUUAUCUUUACAACUUUUUAUUUAGUGUUUGGAGUUAAUAAUGUAAUUGAUAAUAAUAAUAUACACUCCCUUGCCUACUAUAUUAGAAUUCUUAAGCUUGCUAGUAUUUCAAAGAGCUCUUUAAGGGAUGAAAGCAGCUAAUAUAUAAAACUUCUCAUACACUAUCUUUAACUUUUAGCUGUACUGAAUUCUAUUAGUUUACAACUACCAGAUUUUGUUACAGUUGUCCCUAAAUUUACUGGUAAUCCUAACACAUCAUUUAUCCUUUCUUCGAAUUGUUUUCUUUAAUAGUUAAAUUAUAAAAAUAUUAUGCAACUUAGAGUUCUACAAUCCUCAUUACUUCCAUUGAUUUACUGUUUUGUAGUAAUGAUUCUGUAUAUAAUUUAUAAAUUAAUAAAAUGUCAAAAAAUAUAAAAAUAAUUUUUCUAUACCACAUUUGUAUUUCUUGUCAUGUUCUUUUAGCCAGAUAGCAUAAUGUUCCUCCUAAGUUCAAUAGGGUGCUAAAAUUUAGGAAAAAUAAAAUCUCUCAUUGCAGAUGCAAACUUUGAAUGCUAUAAAGAUUCUUCAUACCAUGAGUUCUUAUACUUUUAUACUAUCCCUGCUUUUUUAAUAUGGUGCUUAUUUCCUGUAAUUUUCUUAAUUUUGUUAAGCAGAAGAAGAAAUAAAUUGCAUCUAAUAGUAACAAAGUAAAUGUAUGGAUAUCUUUACUUAGAAUACAAAGAAAAAUACUACUACUUUGAAUUUUUCCGCUGUGCUAUUAGGAUUAUUAUUGUAGUUUUUUAAACACUAGUGAAUUCUGAUUAGUAGUUUAAAUUAAAUUGUGUUACUCUUUUGUUAUUUUUCUACUUAAUAGUUUCAGUUAAGAUUCUUCCUUACUAGAAUAUCUAAGUAUUUAGAGUAGAUGUUAUGUCUCAUGUAGUGCUGAUUAUAAUUGUUUUAUUUAAUAUGAUUUCGGCUACUUUAGGUACUUCCUCAAGUUUUAAUGAUAUCAUUCAAAUGUUAACUGUAAUUACAAAUGUUGGUUAUUUUUUAGUAAUGAUAUGCAUAAUAGCAUUUUUGAAAAUUAAUAACUUCAAUUCUGCUUUUCUUAAACUAUUAAUAUUUAUGAAAAAGAACUUUGCAAAGUUCAUUCCAUGUUUAAAAAAAUCAAACUUGCUUUCAAGUAAUUAUUUUAGGGUUCUUAAAAGAUGGAAAUUACUAAGAAAUAAUAGAUAAUAUUUAGUAUAAAAGUAUUUCUAGGAGCAGCUCAACAAUCAUUUUGCAACAGCAAAAUUAAUUAAUACUAAAAGAGAAAUUGAACAUCAAAGUACAAUUUAAGCACCUGUCUCUAUAGUAAUCAAAGAUUAAAAACCUUCAAAUUUUGUUAAUAGUCCAAAUCAACAAUCAACACCUCUUAUUUAAUCUUUUCCUUAAUAAUCUGAAAGAAGAAUUUUAGAGAAUAAUAACAAUUUAAUUAAAGGAAAUCAAGAAUAAGAUUUAGAUAUUUAUAGUUCAGGAUUUUUAUCCUAAAACUUAGAUGCUGAAAAAGCUAAUUUAGAAAUAGAAAUGUACUCAGUUCCUGUUUCAUCUAAAUUUAUAUUUGAUAAAAAUAAUCUGGUUAGAUAAGCUUUUAAUAGUGCUAAGUAAAUUAAUCCAGAAACUCAAAAAUGAAAAUGAAUUACUUUUUUUUAUAUUUAUUGUUUUCUUUUAUUAAAUUUUGUAGCUUUUAUAUAAAUAAAAUAUAUUUAUUGUUAAUUGGCGUUAAUAUCUUUGAUAAUUUAUUGAUAA